AUGAGGGUAGAUGAUCACUAGAUGGCGCCAGCUCUUACAUCAAUCAAAAAAUCACUCUUCAACCUGUGCUACAUAUGAAACUAGAACCGAAGAUCGGCUCCUGAGAUCACAGACUUGUUUAUUAAAUACAGUAAACAAGCAAGCUAAUACAUUCGGUGAAAGGUUUCCUUCAUAGUGAACAUAUUGCAUACCGUUUAUAUACACGUGGUGUUUCUGUGUGCAACAGCAGGCUAAUUCAAUAUGCAAUGUAUUAUACGGGGGUGCAAUAUUUGUUUGUAUCAACAGGGGAAGUUUUCACUGCAGUGAACACAUACACUAUAACACAUAGAAGACCCUGAUAUUGAUGUGAUACAGCCCUGUGUGCUGCCACUGUGUCGGAUUGAACUGACCUGCCAUUAUACUGUUAAAUUAUUCUUAUUAGCUAUUUAAAAUAUGGCUUGUCUCUUACAUCGCACCAUAUACUGUGUUUAUAUAUAAUGUAUAGUUAAGGAAGAACCAUUCGCAGUGCAGGUCAUUCUAAUGUGACGUGAUUGUGUCGUCAUUGGUUUCACCUGCACGAACGCAGCCGUGCAGUUGCUGUACCUGUCGCGCCCGGGCUGUAGUUAAUAUAGCGCCUUGUUUCUGAUUGUUUCCGUGAUUAUCUUAUUAAUCACUGUUAAUGAGGUGGAUGGCUUGCUUUCUCAACAGGAAGUACAAAAUCGAGGGGGGACAAGUUUUCGGAUGAAGUGAAAAACAAAAACCGUAUCUAGAAUAACCAAUAAUAAAGAUUUAAAAUAAGUAAAUAGUUUGAAGUGUCGUUUGGUAGCGCAGCGUCCAGCCAGCGAGAUCUGCCGGGCAUACAUUCCGUUAAUCGACUCGCAUCUCAACAGCACCGCACCGAAAAGCAGAUCUGCAUGGAUGGAGGAAAUACUUUGGAAAGUUACUUUGAUGAUUCGAUUGAAGAUGAGGGCUCACAGUGUCUCUACACCCCGCUGAUGGGGUUCGAGGGGGAGCUGCCCCUGCACCACUCCUCCUUCCUCUCCUCCGAGGGGGGCGAGUUGGGCAAGGAGCUGUCGGACGAGCUGGACCUCAGCUUCCUCCCGGACGAGCUGAGCGUGCAGGACGCGCCCCCGCAGACAGGGGGCGGCGCAGAGCUGCAGGACAGCGGCUUCACGGGGGAGGGGGUCUCCGUGGAGGACGUGAGCGGUGCUGAGCACAGCCAGGCCUCCCCGUUCUGCCCCCUGCCCAUGACCCCCAUGACCCCCAUGACCCCCAUGACCCCUGCCUCGGAGAGUUCCGGAAUCGUCCCGCAGCUGCAGAACAUCGUGUCCACUGUGAACCUGGUCUGCAGGCUGGACCUCAAGUCCAUCGCUCUGCAGGCUCGCAAUGCAGAGUACAACCCCAAGCGCUUUGCCGCGGUGAUCAUGAGGAUUCGAGAGCCCAGGACCACCGCGCUGAUCUUCAGCUCUGGGAAGAUGGUGUGCACUGGAGCAAAGAGUGAGGAGCAGUCCCGGCUAGCCGCUCGGAAGUACGCCCGCGUGGUCCAGAAGCUCGGCUUCCCGGCCAAAUUCCUAGACUUCAAGAUUCAGAACAUGGUGGGGAGCUGCGAUGUCAAGUUCCCGAUCCGCCUCGAGGGCCUGGUCCUCACGCACCAGCAGUUCAGCAGCUACGAGCCGGAGCUGUUCCCCGGGCUGAUCUACCGCAUGGUGAAGCCGCGCAUCGUGCUGCUCAUCUUCGUGUCGGGGAAGGUGGUGCUGACCGGGGCUAAAGAGCGCUCUGAGAUAUACGAAGCCUUUGAGAACAUCUACCCCAUUCUGAAGGGAUUCAAGAAGGUGUGAGUGGGUGGGCAGGACCGCAGUGUGUGUUCUGUAUGUUUGGAUAUGUCUGGAGAAAUCUAUAAGUAGUGUAUAUGAUACUCUGAAACACUAAACAGAGGUGCAGUGAACUGACUGUGAGCAUUGUUUAUGUAUUAUAUCAUCUAUUAUUAAAAUGUAUUUCGAUUUUUGGUA